AUGUCUGCGAAAAAGUUGAAUCAAAAUACUAAUAACAACAAUAACAGAAAAAGAAGUAAUAAUGACGAAGAAUCGGAACCACAACAUGAAAUAGAUGAAUUCCAAAUGGAUAAUAUCCAAUUAGAUGCUGCAGAAAGUAGCGAUGAAGAGGGGCAAGAAAAUGAGGAUGAAAAUGGCGAAAUCUUAGAUAAUACCGAAGAAGACUUCCAGGAUGCCAGAGAAGAACAAGAAAGAAGUUUCAAUGAAGAAGAAAAAGAAGAUUCAGAUUCAGAUUCAGAUUCAGAUUCAGAUGCUGAAUUUAAUAAAAUUCUGGCCAAAGAAAAUGAAUCAAGUUUUAAUGAAAACUACAGUGACGACAGUACUAGCUCCUCUACCAAUGACGAAAAAUCAAUUACUGAUAAAUUAACCAAUACAAAGUUAAAUAUUAUUCAUGAACCGGCAUCAAUCAAAACUGAAUAUUCGGAUGGUACCCCAAGAUUAUUGAAGCCUGAAAUUGACCCUAUCUAUGAUAGCGAUGAUACCGAUUAUGAACAAAAAACCAACACCAUCGGCAAUAUCCCAUUAUCUGCAUACGAUGAAAUGCCACACAUAGGGUAUGACAUCAACGGUAAAAGAAUUAUGAGGCCAGCCAAAGGGUCUGCACUAGAUCAAUUAUUGGAAAACAUUGAAUUGCCAGAAGGAUGGACCGGGUUAUUAGAUAAAAAUACUGGUGCUAGUUUGAAUCUAAGUGAAGAGGAAUUGGAAUUAAUUAAGAAAAUUGAAAGAAAUGAAAAUACCACUGAUGAGGUAGACCCAUAUCCUAAAUACAUUGACUGGUUUACCAGAGACGAACAGCUUACACCCGUAACUGCUAUCCCUGAGCCCAAAAGAAGAUUUAUUCCUAGUAAAAUCGAAGCUAAGAGAGUUAUGAAAAUUGUCAAGGCCAUUCGUGAAGGCCGUAUUAUCCCACCAAAUAAAUUGAAGGAAUUAAGAGAAGAAGAAAACAAAAAUUAUGAUCUAUGGGAGGGUACUAGCGACGAUGCGAUUGAUGAUCAUAUUAUGAACUUAAGGGCUCCUAAGUUACCACCACCAACGAACGAGGAAAGUUAUAACCCACCAGAAGAAUACUUAAUGACCAAGGAAGAGAUUGAAAACUGGGAAAAAUUAGAACCAAGUGAAAGAGAGAAAAAUUUCGUCCCUCAAAAAUAUGGUUCGUUAAGAAAGGUGCCUGGCUAUACGGAGUCCGUCAGAGAAAGAUUUGAAAGGUCUUUGGAUUUAUACUUGGCUCCCCGUGUCCGUAAAAAUAAAUUGAAUAUUGACCCAGAAUCGCUAAUUCCAGAUUUGCCCUCUCCCAAAGAUUUAAAACCUUUCCCAAUUCGUUGUUCCACUAUCUACAAGGGACACACAGGUAGAAUCAGGACAGUUUCAAUUGAUCCAUCCGGACUAUGGUUAGCCACUGGUUCUGAUGACGGCACUGUUAGAAUUUGGGAAAUUUUGACAGGCAGAGAAGUUUACAGAGUUUCUAUUAUCGACGGUGAUGAGGAAGAGACUGAAGAUCAUAUUGAUGUAGUCGCCUGGAAUCCUGACAAAUCAACUGGUAUAUUAGCUAUUGCGUGCGGUGAACAAAUAACGUUGAUUGUCCCUCCAAUUUUCGGAUUUGAAAUUGAAAACAAUGGUAAAUUAAAAAUUGAAAAUGGGUUUGGCUUUGAUACUUUUGGUAAUGUCAAAAAAGAUGGAAAAUUGAAUGUCAAUGAAGAUGAAGACUUAGAUGACAACAAUGAAAGGACUAAUGGGAAAAAGAAAGCUCCUGUCGCUAAAUGGAACAAACCAACAAUUAAGCAACAGGCUAAGGACAUUUCCAUUACAAUUACAUGCAAUAAGACAGUUAAAAAACUAUCGUGGCACAGAAAGGGUGAUUACUUUGUAACAGUCCAACCAGAAUCCGGCAAUACUUCUGUUUUAAUCCACCAAUUGUCUAAACACAUGUCUCAAUCGCCAUUCAAGAAAUCUAAAGGUAUUAUAAUGGACGCCAAGUUUCAUCCAUUUAGACCACAGCUAUUUGUUUGUUCUCAAAGGUAUAUUAGAAUUUACGAUUUGAGCCAACAAAUCCUAGUGAAAAAGUUGUUGCCAGGCGCUAGAUGGCUAUCAAAAAUUGAUAUCCACCCAAGAGGCGACAAUUUAAUCGCAUCAUCAUUUGACAAAAGAGUUUUGUGGCAUGAUUUGGAUUUAUCCAAUAUUCCAUACAAGACAUUAAGAUAUCACGACAAGGCUGUUAGAGAUGUUGAAUUUCAUAAAAAAUUACCUUUGUUUUGUUCAGCUGCUGAUGAUGGUACAAUCCAUAUCUUCCAUGACACUGUUUAUGAUGAUAUGAUGAAGAAUCCGUUGAUUGUUCCAUUGAAAAAAUUGACGGGACACAAAGUUAUAAAUAGCUUGGGUGUUUUGAAUACAGCUUGGCACCCAAGAGAAGCUUGGUUAUUUUCUGCUGGUGCAGAUCAUACUGCACGUUUAUGGACCAACUAG